GGGAACGUGAAGCUCCGCGGAGCCUGAUGGGGCCGUAGGGUGGCUGGUAGUCGCCGCUAUUGCGGGACCCUUUCAUUUCUGCUGCCGCCGUCCCUGCCGCCUCAUGGCGGCCAUCGGAGUUCACCUGGGCUGCACCUCAGCCUGUGUGGCCGUCUAUAAGGAUGGCCGGGCUGGUGUGGUUGCAAAUGAUGCCGGUGACCGAGUUACUCCAGCUGUUGUUGCUUACUCAGCAAAUGAAGAGAUUGUUGGAUUGGCAGCAAAACAAAAUAGAAUAAGAAAUAUUUCAAAUACUGUAAUGAAAGUAAAGCAGAUCCUGGGCAGAAGCCAGAAAUUCGGUCCUUGGACCUGGCUUCUCAGCAAUUAUCCCUGACGGGGAAGAACCAGCUGGCUCCUGGAGAUAUCCUGAGAGCACACAGAGCUUCCCCACACCUUCAGACUUGCACCUUGCUGUCCAGAAGCUGCCCAGCCCUCCUUCCCAACCCACAAUGGCCAGUGCCAAUAGCAGCGCGGGCAUCCGGUGGUCCAGACAGGAGACACGAACUCUUCUCUCCAUACUAGGCGAGGCAGAGUAUAUUCAGCGCCUCCAGACUGUGCAUCACAAUGCAGAUGUCUAUCAGGCUGUGUCUAAACGAAUGCAGCAGGAGGGCUUCCGCCGCACCGAACGUCAGUGCCGCUCCAAGUUUAAAGUGCUGAAGGCAUUAUAUUUAAAGGCCUAUGUUGCCCAUGCGACAAGUAUGGGUGAGCCACCACACUGUCCAUUUUAUGAUACAUUGGAUCAGCUUCUCCGAAAUCAGAUAGUGACUGACCCAGACAACUUAAUGGAGGAUGCUGCUUGGGCCAAGCACUGUGAUCAGAACUUUGUGGCCUCUGAUGCCCCAGGGGAAGAGGGAACCAGCAUUCUAAAAUCUAAAAGGACUCAGGCAGCUGAUCAUCAGCCUAUCUUGAAAACAGUUAAGGAAUCAGAUGAGGAUUGUCAGCUAAGAAUCAGUGACCGGAUACGAGAAACCAGUGACCUUGAGGACUCCUGGGAUGAAUCCUCGGGUGCAGGGUGCUCUCAAGGGACCCCCAGCUACAGCAGCUCCCACAACCUUUUCAGAGGUACAGUUGCUCCCUGUCAGAGCAGCCCCAUGGCCAGACUGGGUGUGUCCGGGGAGCCCAGUCCCUGCACCAGCACCAGCCACAGCACUCCUGGGGUAGCCUCCACUCCGCAGACUCCAGUCUUCUCUUCCAGAGCCGGUUUUGUUUCUGGUGGGGAUAGGCCCUUGACCAGUGAGCCCCCUCCAAGGUGGGCAAGGCGAAGAAGGCGGUCAGUGGCCAGAACUAUCGCAGCUGAGUUGGCAGAAAACAGGCGAUUGGCACGAGAACUCUCAAAGCGGGAGGAAGAAAAACUGGACAGGCUGAUUGCUAUUGGUGAGGAGGCCAGUGCUCAGCAAGACACUGCCAAUGAGCUCCGCAGGGAUGCUGUCCUCGCAGUCAGACGUUUGGCGACAGCAGUGGAAGAGGCAACUGGUGCUUUUCAGCUAGGCCUUGAAAAAUUGCUUCAGAGGUUGAUUUCAAAUACCAAAACUUAGGAACUGAUUACAAAAGGCUCUGUUUCCUAAAAUCGUAGAAGUCUAGUUCCAAAACCUGCCUUCUGAAUCCCUGGCUCCUUUUCUGUAUCCUCAGAAAAGAAACAUGGAUGAACCAUUAUUAUCCACAUAGUAUGACUAUACUUACUAGUUCGUUUUCCCAAGAUUCUCCACCAAAUGGAAGACCUUUCAGAAACGCAAGGGGUGGCCAAGUUCUAGAGAGCUGGUUUGUCCUAGCUUUGUCACAGAUGUGAAGCAGUUUAGUUUACCUCUCUCCAGCGGUUUCUUCGUCUGUAAAAUGGGAAUCAAUAAUAACUCCUGCCCUGCCUACCUCACAGGGUUGUUGUGAGGAUCACAUGACUCACAGAUGUGAAAGUUUAAAAGUUUAAAAGCACUAUACACAUUCAAGUUAUUGAUGCAUAUGGCCUUGGCUGAGGUAAGGCACAUUAGUUUACAAGAUACGGGAGUGUGGAUGUAUACUGUGACUUCAUUGCUUGAAUCUUUCCUGGUUUAACUUGAUUGCUUCAUGGAGUUUGAAAUCUUAAUUUUUAAAAUCCCUGUGUGGCUCAUUAGACUUGUAUAGGCACAACCCGUAUUUGCACCUUAAUCUCGUACGUUUCCACUGCUGUCUCUCUGACAUAUCUACUAGCAAGCACUCUUUUAAUAGUCAAACCACUUUCUCUCCUUCGUUUUACUGGUUCUUAGUCUUCUAGCAAUAUAAGGAAAUAAGAAGUGACAGGGACCCACUAUAGUGUGUUAUGGUUUAUAGCGAUAAUCUUCAAUAUAAAACAUUGGCCGUUUUACACAAUAUUAAAUGUAAGAAAAUUCUUUGCAUUUCAUA